GUGUGAGAAGGGGGGAUGUUUUGCCACCACUGCUUUUGCGGGUUAGGAACAUCGUGUGUAACUUAAGUGGAUUGCCUCGAAAACAUUCCUAUAAACAUUUAUAAUUCAAUGGAAAUUGGUGAUUGCGAAUUGUUUUAUGUUUGAAUUGAAUAAACAUCAAAUAAGUGUGAAAUAAGAACAAAAGUGGGCAGCUGCCAUUAAAGCAGCGCCAUACUCAAACAACCGCGCAGUGUGUGUAUAUGUGUAUGAUGUGCGCGACGCGCGAUCAAAAAUGAGACUCUAAAAAUUCGCGGAUAAAAACGUGUGUGUGUAAAUUAUAUUAACUAAUUUCCAAAGUAAUACAAAUUUAACGCAAUAAAAGACAAGUGAUUUAAAAAUAAUUCGAGACGUGGACAAGCGAAGCAAUCGCGCCGGAAACAGGAAGCCGAAAAAGAGGCCACGACGAGAUUGGAACAAACGACGGGAUGAGUACGAAAAACGAUGUGAAUAGAAGAGUUUUGGCAAUUCAGGCGAAGAAAAAACGACACAAGCCGGUGAAACGAAAGGGUAAAGGUCCACAAGGCGAUCAGGAGAAUCCCGGUGCCCAAUGUUCAAAAGCAUCAAACUCAAAUCAAAAUCAAGACAGUCGAGGGCAAAGACAGAAUUCCGGUGGCAACGGGCACAGAUUAAAUGCCAGCCACAGUUCAAGUAAUGAGACAAUUGAAGACGACGAUGAUGUUUACAGCAGUGAGGAAGAAGAACAAGAAGACAGCAGUGAUUAUUGCAAGGGAGGUUAUUAUCCAGUCAAAAUAGGAGAUUUGUUUUUAAAUCGCUAUCACGUCACGCGCAAACUUGGUUGGGGUCAUUUUUCCACUGUGUGGCUUUGCUGGGAUCUACAGGACAAACGAUUUGUAGCCCUGAAAGUGGUCAAGUCGGCAUCACAUUUCACGGAAACUGCACUUGAUGAAAUCAAGCUUUUAAAAGAUGUUCGUGACACUGAUCCCAGUGAUCCAAAACGCAACAAAACCGUCCAAUUACUACAUGACUUUAAGAUCAGGGGCAUCAAUGGAUUGCAUGUUUGUAUGGUUUUCGAAGUACUUGGACACAAUCUACUUAGACUCAUUAUUAGAUCUAAUUAUCGAGGGAUUCCAAGAAAUAAUGUUAAGCGAAUAAUAAGACAAGUUCUUGAGGGUUUGGAUUACCUUCAUAAUAAGUGUAAAAUAAUUCACACGGACAUAAAGCCUGAGAAUGUUUUAAUUUGCGUCGAUGAGUCCUACAUAAGAAAAUUGGCUUCCGAAGCAACAGAACUUCACUCAUUGGGCUUAAAAUUACCCGUUUCUCUUAUAUCAACUGCACCGAAGGAAUUUCAAGAGCCAAUUAUUAAUGCAAAAAUGUCAAAGAACAAAAAGAAAAAAUUAAAGAAAAAAGCUAAACGACAAAAUGAACUUUUGAAAAAACAAAUGGAACAAAUUGAAGAGAUUGAGGAACAAAUAAAAACAACUGAUGAUGUUAAGGAAAAUGGAGAUGUCGAGGUACACGAGCCAAAUAGUCCCGAACAAGAUGUCACAACCGAAAGUAUGGAAGAUAAUCUCGAAAGUAAAGAGUCUCCCGAUACUUCGGAACCUUCUAUUCCAUCUUUGCAUGUUAAUGGUGUUGACGGAUUAGCAGGCGGUGAAAAAAUUGAAAAUCAAAUAAAUGAACAACAGAAAAUUGAAAAUGUCACCCUGAGUGAUGUAGAGAAAAGUUGUGGCGAAGGUGUUGUGUCCCUUGAUUUCCCAGAGAAAGACGAAUGUAGUGAUGAUAAAAAUGAAAAUUCACCUAAUAAAAAUCAGGAGAAACAAGCUUGUGUUGCUCCAUUGGAUCCAGCACUAGUGGACUGUGAUGUUGAAGUAAAAAUAGCAGAUCUUGGAAACGCUUGUUGGGUUUAUAAGAAAUUCACUGAAGAUAUUCAAACCAGGCAGUAUCGAUCUCUUGAAGUAUUAUUAGGAGAUGGCUACAGCACAUCAGCCGAUAUUUGGUCAACAGCUUGUAUGGCUUUUGAACUUGCAACUGGUGACUAUCUUUUCGAACCACACAGUGGUGAAGAUUAUUGCAGGGAUGAAGAUCAUUUAGCUCAUAUAAUUGAACUUCUUGGCGAGAUACCACGACGAAUUGCUCUUUCUGGAAAGCAUUCACGAUUGUUUUUCAAUAAAAAAGGAGAAUUGAAGCACAUUACCGGCUUGAAACCAUGGGGAUUGUGUGCCGUUUUAAUAGAGAAAUACGAUUGGUCAGCCAGUGAAGCACGAGAAUUUGCUGAUUUUUUAACUCCAAUGCUUGAAUUUGAUCCCGAUUUACGAGCCACGGCAGCUGAGUGCCUAAAGCAUCCAUGGUUGCAAAUCAAGUGAUUACGUUUUCUCAUGUUGUAUUUUUAAUCAGUAAAAAUUUCUAAUUGUUUUAUUGUCCCAAAUGCAAUCAUAACCGAGAGUGUGGUAGGAAAGCAAUUUAUAUGACUGGAUAAAUCGAAAAUCAUCAAUAAUCAUCGUUCAAUCAUCAAAUUUAUCAAUAAUCGACAGCAGAUUUAAUUUAGGUAGAGCAAUUAAUUCUCAAGUGUAAUAACAAAUCCCCGUGUCUUCAUUAGUUUUAAAUUUAUUAAAAUUGACGAAUUUCCAUUAAAUUUAUUUAAAUGAUUUCAUCUGCGAAAUGAUAAAAAAAAUUUCAUGACAAUUUUUAUUUUAUUUCAUUUUUAUUAAAUUUUUUUUAGUAUUUUUUCUUUUUUUUUUUUAAUUGAAAAAAUAUUCCGGUGACAAUUAUACAACACUCUCGGCUUCUGUCAAAAAAAUCGAAUUUUGAUCUAUUGUCAAUAUUUUUCAUAUUUAAAUUAAAUUUUUACUUUAUUUUUA